AUGAAAUCCGUCUGCCUCGCUUUCCUGGUGGCCUGUUUGCUGAUAUCUGCUGUCCACGGUCAGUGGCACGGAUCGUACGGGCGUGGAGAUUGGGACGAUGACUAUUAUGGAGGAUAUGGACUGGGUGGCGGAUACUACGGGGGUGGAUUGAUAGGAGGCGGACGGUUUGAUAGAUGGGGUGGCGGUCUCGGAGGCGGCCUUCUCGAUACAAAGAGAUUCAAAAUGAAAUCCGUCUGUCUCGCUCUCCUGGUGGCCUGUGUGCUGAUCUCUGUUGUCCACGGUCAGUGGUACGGAUCCUACGGGAGUGGAGGAUGGGGAGGCGAAUAUUAUGGAGGAUAUGGACUGGGUGGCGGACUUAUUGGUGGCGGACGUUUUAACAGAUGGGGCGGCGGUGUCGGAGGUGGAUUUCUUGGUAUUGGACGUGGAGGCCUCAGACGAAGAUCGUAUUACUAG